UCUUUGUUAUUACAGAGAAAUAAUUCGGCUCAUUAUUCACCAAUAACCGAUAUAUAAAAAUCAUUAUAAAACAACAUUCUCGUUGGAAUUCACAACAAAUAAGAUGGACAGGUUGCAAUUUAUCUUCACAGUUCGCGGUGCAGCAGAUAUGAAGACGAACGUGUUGUGCAUAACCUCAAUCGGCACACCGGAUGGCCACGUGUAUGCAGUUCCGGAGGAGUAUCAACCAGCAACACUACACACAGAAAUCGUGAAACUACCUGCAUUUAAUAAAGUGAAAAAUUCAUUAACGAAAAGGCACCAAACUAGAAAGAUAUGGAUCAAUUUAACUAAAGCAUUAGCCAACACUUAUUUAGACGAAGGAGGAAAUCUACAAAUAGGAGAGUUUUAUCUAGAGGAGAUAUUGGAAAAACCAGAAGACGGAUCACAAGCUUCAGAACAACCACUUAUGAAGAUAUUAGAAAAGUUGCUGGAAAAGAGCCAAAUACAGUCAGAAAGUAGAAGUAUAGGUAAAAUAGCAGAGCGAUUCAUGAUUGAGAGAUUUGAUGGAAGAAAUUCAAACGCGGAUCAGUGGAUCGCGAGUUUCGAAAAAGAGUGUGGACGAUUUGACAUCUCUGACGACGGUAAGAAAAUUGAAAUCUUGAAAUCAUUCAUGGAUAAAGGCGCCGCAGAUUGGUAUAGUUGUACACUAUUAAAACUUACUAUUGAAGCAGACUGGGGAGAGUGGAAAAGAGUCUUUUGCGAAACAUUUGUUAGUAAAGGUUGGUCUAGAAUAAGAUAUGCACUGUCGUUUAAAUAUCAAACAGGUCUUUUACUAGAUUAUGCGAUAAAAAAAGAGAAACUUUUAUUAGAAGUAAGAAAUUCAAUUGAUGAUGGAACACUAAUUGAUCUAAUUGCAACUGGCCUGCCAAAUUUUGUAGCUGACAGGAUUGAUAGAGAAAAACUAAGAAAGACAGAAGACUUAUAUAACGAAAUAGGUAAAUUGGAACAUUUAGUUCACAAGAGAAACUUUGAAAUAAGAAAGAAUAAGAAUUAUAUUAAUAAGGAGAAGACAGAAAGAACACCAUGCGAGACCUGUAAAAAUAAAGGUAAAGGUAUACGCUUCCACCCUGUAGCUGAGUGCUGGUUUAAGGAUAAAGAACACGAGACGAAACAUAUAAAUAGUUCAGUAUUAGAAGUAGAAGUAAGUGAUGAAGAUCCAAAAAACUAAUAAUUCCACCAUUAAUCAAACU